AUGGUUCGUUCACAUAAAGUUGAUGCUGCCAAAAAAUGCAUGUCAUCCUGCAUCAAAGUGCAUAACUUCAAAGAUGGAGAAGAAGGUGUACCCAUUGAUGGUUCCUACCGAGACGUGAAUGAUAUACUUGACUAUCUAUUUGAGAUUCCAGAGUUUUGCGAGCAACUCCAAAACAUGGAGUCUCCAGUUCUCCGCCUUCGGUUUGCUGGUGAUGGUGGCAGAACAUCGAGAAACAAAAAUACUGUUGUAUUAUUGUUUAAUAUUAUUGACGAGGGUACGUCAAAUGAGGAGUUCAUAAUCGAUACCAAUAUUCUUGGCAAAAUCUUUACAUGUCCCUGUUUGCAUGCAUAGGAAUUGCUUACAGUAGGUUAAUUAAUGAUACAAGUACUGUAUAUUAUGUUAUAAGUUUCAGAGUGUCUAAUGAAUAUUUUCUUAUAUUUUUGUUGCAGAAAAUACAGCUAGCUUUCAAUACAAUUACCCAAUUGCCAUCUAUAAUGGGGAUGAGAAGUAUGACUUCCUGAAAAAAUCGCUGCAACCAAUUAUGGAUAGCAUGCAAAGGCUGCAAGAGAAUGGGUAAAUUUACUAUUUUGUUAUAAUUUUUCACUUUCUCCACAUAAUUUAUGAAGCAUUUUGCUUGUAUACUGUACAUGGUCAACCAAAACCAUACAGCAAGUGUUAGAUAAAUUAUAAUUGUGUGCUCUUUGACUCUUCAAAAAAAUCAAUAUAGUUAAUUCCCUGUAAUAAUUUUUAAUUCUAAGUAAAUUGUUUAAGAUAUACAGCCACAAGUGGACCUCUUACUGCUCAGAAGCUGAAAGUCGAGUGGUUCUUAUGUGCAGAUUGGAAAUUCCUUGCACUGUUAUUAGGGAUUAAUCCAGGCAAAAUAACUACAACUGGUGGUUAUGUUGGUAAAAUAACAGGCAUGGUCCGCCCUUUAUGAACUUUGACAAGGUGCAAAAUUUGUAUAUUUGGAUCGAUGUAAUGCACAUUUUUUUCACAUUUUCUAAUUGUUAAUAGUAAUUACAUGUAUUAAUUUAAUAUUUAUUUAUUUAUCAGCUAACAAUAAAUACUUUUGCCUCUGGUGUGACUAUGACAAGAGUGUUAUACAGGAGAUCAGCAUACAAUUCUGGAAGUGCAGCAGAACUAUUGGGGAGUGCAUAGAGCGAUAUACUUCAGCUAAAAACCGGUAAGCUGAUUAAUCUAAUCUCUUUAUUUUUGCUCAAGAAGCCUCUCUCUGACAAAAAAAAAACUGUUUGGUGUUUAAUUAAGAUUGUAGGACAAUCAAAAUCAAUUUGGCCAUAUUGCAUAUUUUUAUUAUGUUAUAGCAAUGCAAAAAAGGGUGUUGCUGAUUUGCCACUUUUGGACUUCAUUGAUUUCGAUCAUAUGAUUCCUGUAAGUACAAAGUACAGUAUACUAUAAGUUUGUAUGCAAGAUUGCAUGAUUGUGUAAAAUAAACUUUCACAGUAUUACAUAUAGUUUAUAGGGAGUACUAUAGGGUAUAUACCCAAUACUUGGUUUUCAAAAUUUACAAUGCAUUUUAGGACACGUUGCAUCUCUUUCUCCGAGUUACUGAUGUCUUAUUUGACGAACUUGUUCGGGUUGUUCUGGAGAAAGGUACAUCUUCCUUCAACAGCUUUGUGCAUGUAUUUAGAAAAACUGACUUUACACUUGAUUUACAUGCAAUCAAAUCAAGGGUAAUAGAAUUUACAAUUUCAAGCAAUAUCUUGAAAUUCCUUUCUGUGACUGUUAUAACAGGCUUAUAUCUUGUCAUUUUCCAUUUAGGAGCUAAGGAUGCACUUGUUGAGGAAAUGGCAAAAAUCAAGCCUUCUCUUGAUUUCUGUUUCAGCAAAGAUGAUAAAGGAAAGGUAAAAUUGGCUUCAUUUUUUGUCAAGUUAAUUAAGUGACAAUGUACCCCACUUUUUCAUUUAAAAAAAACUCUCAGACGUCUGAUCCCAGGCAGUGUUACUCACUAAGGCAAGAGUGUUGUUGCUUUGUCGAUCUAGUGUGAGUGUUGGACCACAUGUUCAUCGUAUUGACUAUCAUUUGCAGGGAGCUUUGUACAAUUAUAUAACUGUUGUUUUUAAUUUAAAGGAUACUUGGCCAAGCUAUGAUGGUCCGCAUAAGAAACACAUUUUAGAGCAACUGGACAUCGAAGCUGUUCUGACAGAUGUUUUGUCAGAUGCUGAGGUGAUUACAAUUUACACUCCACAAUGACAGUAUAUCCACAUUGUAUGUGCUGUAUAUGUCAUUUGAGCUCUUUUCAAGAAUUAAUCAAGAAGCAAAAUGAUGUUCUUUUAAUUUAAUUCUUCACAUCAUCCCUGGGAAAAAAUUAAUACUUUGUAAAUGUACAUGUGAAAUAAUGCACUGCGUAUGUUUUACAUAGGUUGGUUUAAUUGUUUCUUGUUGGGCCAGGUUUGAGAAGCUUGACAACCAUUUGCGGAGCAAAAACUGUGAUGGCAUGACUCCUGCUAGUUUUCAAAUUGAAGCUAUGGCAUUUGCCAACGAGUUCAUGGCAAUAUUCAAGGAUAGGGCUAUAACACCCCAUAUACCUACACUGGUAAAUAGUCAACAUUUUUUAAUCGAAGCAGGGAUGGAUUUACUGUGGGGUGCAGGGGGGAGGGCUGCAACCUGCCCAGAGGGGGUGCAGGGUGUGUUAAAAUAUCAGAGGUUAAAUGAGAUCCAGUAAUUUGAGUAACAUUAAUUUUGGCAGCAGAGCUGGUAGAGACCCCCACCCCUCCCCCACCAGAUUAUGCCGGAUCCAUCCGUGAAUCAAAGUUCAGUUUUUGAGAGAUAAUUAAGCAGCAUGAAAUAAAUUAUUAUAUUUUAGGUUUAUCAUGUCCCAGAAUACUUGUUGCUAUAUGGUUCACUGGCACCAUUUAACAUGCACGUAAAUACAUUAAAAGGUACACAUUAAAAGCAUGUGUUAUGUUGAUUGUUUGUAAUGCACUGUAUAGUCAAAACACAGUCAGACAGUAUUUGUAUUUAUUUAAAAGUGAUAUUUUUUCUUCAACAGGCUGUUGAGAGAGUAAACUACAUAUCGAAGCAAGUAUUCUUUAAGAAAUUGAACAAAAAAGACUACUGCAAUGGUUUAGUGCAAUUUUUUAACCGGUAUUGAACAAUAUAUUUUGAAAUAUAACCACAUACUGUACAUUAAAAUAAAUUUACUAUCUUUGUGGUUAUUGCGGAUAUAAAAGUACCUGGUAAUAGAUGUGGAAAACACCUUGUGUUAGUCUGACCUUCUUUCCUUUGCUUAACAGAAUUUCCAUAUUAACAUAUUUUACAAUACCAGUACUUCACUUUCAUCACAACCUUUCCUGAUUUAAAGGCUUAAUUUGUUUACUCAAAAUAUGUACUGUACCUAUUAACUGUUAAUAGUAUUUACAUUAUAUCUACAUAGUUGGAAUUUAUUGGUUUUUGCUUGGAUAAUGAAUUGAUCAGUCGUACUAGACAGUCGUUAGAAUUAACAGAUGCCAUAAAUAAAAAUAAUUGUUUAAUUAAUGUCUAUUUGCAGACUUUUGUAUCCAAGGAAACAUAAACUGAUCAGGAAGAAACGCCCAUAUGUUCGAUCUGGGAAGUUCACCAAGGCCAAACUUGAAGAACGCCAUGCCAAUGCCCUUCCAAGAUCUGUGCUUGCUCAGAAAGCAAGAGAGGCAAAGUUAAACAAGCGUGCUGCCAGAGUGCAAAAUGAAGAGUGAGUUUCGAAAACAAACGGUUCUUGUAACCACAUUGCCACCAAAUUGAUAGAAGAUGAAAACAAAAUUAUUGAUUGACCACAUACUAUAAUGAUAUGUUCUUUCUGAGCUACAACAUCACCAUGCUCUUGUAUUUAAAUAUUUGAUUGAUUUAAAGUUUGUUCAUUCAUUGCAACCAGGUAUAUCAAUUGAUUGAUUUUUUUUUAGGUACUUGUGUUCCUUCUAACUUCAGACAACCACAAAAUAAAUCUUACAAUCCUUGCUGUGUCAUGUUGUUCUUAUUGUUGUUUUUCAUUAAGACCUUUAUGCAACAUUUACACACUGUGACCAUUAGAAAUUGGAUCUUGGUCUAGUUACAUUUUUUACAGUUUGUCCAAACAAUAUAAUAUUUGAUCAUUCAGCUUUUAUACAUGCAUCUACUGUAUACAAGAAAUCAGUGUGCACAUGUUGCCUCAGCCUCAAAAGCAGGGAAAAGGAGCCAUUGACCGAUUGAGUUAAUUAAGUAAUUAGUAUAUAAAAUAAUAAAUAUAUUAAAUUAUAAUAAAUUUACAUAUUAAGUGGAUGCCUAACCUUCUGAAAAAUAUGAGAAAAACAAAUAGAAAUAUAAAAAACAGAUUCUCCAGGAUGAAACAGUGGAGAACAAUGUGAAGAAGACAUGAUAGAGUUGAUCAGAUCAGGAGGGUGUAGCUGUCCAGGAGGUGGUGGUGGUAACUGGGUGAGGUCAGGGUGGUAGCAGUUUGGUUGAUUAUGAGAGAAGUCAGUAUAAGGUGAUCGGUAUUGGCAGGUGAUGGUUAUGGAUUGGUCAGGAUUAACACAGUGUAUGUCGAUGGUGUUGUAAUGAAUUCUGUCCCAUCCUGCAUUGAGAAUGUGAGAAAGUUGGGCAAAAGAAAGUUGGAAACGCAGGAAAGAUCGAGUGUGAGAAAUAAGAGAAUGAAGAGAACUUAAGGAACAAGAGUUACAAGACUCGUAAAAUAAAACAAAAAACUCUGCUGGGGAACAAAAAAUUUUAGCGGAUAUCCUUCUCCCUGCUUCUGAAGCCUCCUCUUUACGUUUCCGUCUGGUGUAAAGGGCCCUCCUGAUUUCAUUUCCUAUGUCGACUGCAAGAUCAGCUCGGAUGUGAGUCUGUAAAGACCACAGCCACGAGUACUGAUCAGGCAGUUGACCGACAUGGAGAAGACGAAAACAGGAGAGACCCACAAUGACGUUGUGUUUUCGGUCAGUUUCCAGUCCGUUAAUGUUUGUUAGUGGUACUACGUUUGAAGGAUUGGUCAGAUUUACUCCAGGUUGCCUAAGGAAGGGGUAUACAUUUUGGCCGCUCGGGAUGGGUCAAAAUCGUUCUUUAAUAUGAUGAAUAAGCUCCUGCCACACAACAUCUGCAGCGACGAAAUCUCCCCUUGUACGGAUUCUGAAACGGUCUAAAAAAUUGCAAAAAAAUCAAUAAUUUAUAAUCGCUGUCAAGUGUUUUUCUCUAAAAACUACCUAAAACAAUUGGAUAAUAGGCAGAAAAAUAAUACUUAGUACUUACUGUAAUGUAGUCACGUCACGUGAUGUAAUAUAUAUUUAGGUAUCAGAAAGAGACCACGUGUAAGAAAAUAGGGUUUUGAUAUUGAAGGCAAUAAAAGUACAUUUUUAUAGUGUACAACUUGUACUAAAGAGAUACAUUAUAUUUGGCGACAAGUUUAUUUUAAUGCUGAACCCAAACGAAGAAGAAGCGAACACAGAAGAAAUCUCGAUGGCCACAACUUUGGAUUUAAAACCACCACCUCCGUUUGAUGCAGAGGGUGAUAAUUCCUCGCUAGCCCAACGCUGGAAAGAAUGGCGAGAACGUUUUAAUAUGCAUACAGUAGCUGCCAACAUCAAGGAUGAUGCAAAGAAACGCGCAGUGUUAUUGUAUGUAGCUGGCUCGUCGGUUCAUAAAAUAUUCAAAACACUACAAGACACCGGGACAGAUUUAAAACAGCUCUAGAGAAGCUCGACGAAUAUUUUUAGCCACAAAAGAACGUAAUAUAUGAACGCUAUGUUAAACAGACACAUCCAACGCCUGGAGAAUCGGUAGAUAGCUACAUAACUCGUCUACGUACACUAGCCGAAACGUGUGAAUUCGAAGGCGCCGAGAAUGAAAUACGCGAUCAGUUUGUUAUGACAUGCUCGUCUCAUGGAUUUCGUACGAAGCUUUUACGCGAGACAGAUCUGACAUUGGCUAAGCUUAUUACCAUGGCGCGAGCGAAGGAAUUAGCAGUAAAACAAGCGUCGAAUAUCUCGGGACACAAUAACUCUCGGAACAAUUUUAAUCGUGUAAAAGACGAGGGGAAUGACGAAGCUAAAGACAAGGUAAGACAUGCUAAAUAUGUACCAAAACCACACAAACAAAAUCAAUGCCGAAAUUGUGGAAAUGAAUUUAAACAAGGGCAUAAAGAUGUCUGUCCUGCGAAGGGCAAAACCUGUAGAGCUUGUGGAAAGCUCAGUCAUUUCGCUAGAGUUUGUCGAAGUCGAAAAAAUCCCCCGAAAGAUAGUAAGAAAGAUUCGAGAGAGUCUGUGAGAGUUGCACAACAACAAACCCAAAAACAAAGCCCUCCUAAUUCGUCCGACGAUGAGUAUACUUUUGCUGUUUCAUCAUCAAAAAUAACUAACAUUCAAAUACAGAUCAGUGGGAACCCUAUCGCUGUGACUAUCGAUUCAGGAGCGACGACAAAUAUUCUUGAUAGUGAAGCAUUCGCUUGUAUUAGGAAAAGAAAUAAACAUGUACAAUUAGAGCCAACACAAACAAAUAUAUAUGCAUAUAAUGCCGUUCAGCCCUUGUCAUUGCUUGGAAAGUGUCGUUUAGCGGUUGAAUCGAAUGGAAAGCGUACAAUAUCGACGUUUUAUGUUGUCAACGGCAAAACGGGAUCACUUCUCGGUAAUGAAACAGCCACUAUUGUUAAAGUUGAAUUUUUAUAAGAUAAACCUAUCCCCAACCCCAAACCCUUUUCUAACCCUAACCCCUAACCUAACCUUUUGAGAGUUAGAAAAGCCGGAAAAAAAAGUUUAAAAAAUUUUAAGAAAAAACAAUGUUAAGUCAAACAAAACACAUCCCGACCCCGACUGCGUUUAACUUUCCGCACGCAGCGCCCUUGCCGUAUGAACUAACGGCAAGCUCGGUAAUAGUUAAUACAAACAAAAUUUUUUAUAUUCAACUAUAGUCACUAGACUGCCGGCCAUUUAGUAUUUGAUAAACCGUGACCGGCUGCCGGUCAUAUAGUCACUUCGUUAAACAUAAAAGUUAACGAAGUCUCUAAAUUUCAUAGCAUGAAAACAACCGGAAGUCGAGGUAGGAAUGAAAUCAACACCGGAAGCCACUCAAAUGGAAGUGACGCGAACAGUCAAAGUGACUCCUGAAAUCGAGAAAUAAGGGACAGAAAUAGCCUGAAAAACAUUGACAUUAAUACACAGAAAAUUUUAGAUAAAUUUCCAGAACUCUCUGACGGAAUAGGGUGUUUGGAAAACUAUGAACAGUCAUUGCAUGUUGAUCGUACAGUUACCCCUAUUGCACAACGCCCUCGGAGAGUCCCUUUCCAUUUACGAAAGCAAGUUUCAGAUAAACUAGAAGAAUUACAAAGUCUCGAUAUUAUUGAACCUGCCGAAGGACCUACUUCAUGGGUAUCACCCAUAGUAGCUGCUCCCAAACCACACAAUUCAGAUGAAAUCAGAUUAUGCGGAGAUUACCGUAGACCAAAUCAGGCAUUGUUAAGGGAGAGACAUCCAAUCCCAACAGUUGAUGAGUUAAUGGAAGAAAUGUCUGGUGCUGUCGUGUUUUCUAAGCUAGACCACAAAGCAGGAUACCAUCAGAUAGUCCUAGAAGAGAACUCGCGUAACAUUACCACUUUUUGCACACACAAGGGGUUGUUUCGGUAUAAACGCCUGCCGUUUGGUCUGUCAUGUGCUUCAGAAGUAUUCCAAAAUGCAAUACAGCAAGCGCUCCAAGGUCUACACGGGGUACGAAAUAUCGCAGACGAUAAAUGACAAGAAUUUAGAAGCACUGUUACAGCGAUUAGUUGUCAAGAAACUUACAUUAAACCUGGAGAAAUGCAAGUUUAAUCAACCGUCACUUUGGUUCUAUGGCUACAUUCUGUCAAAGGACGGACUGUCAGCAGAUCCAAAGAAAGUCGAGGCAAUUAAAAAUUUCAAAACACCAGCAGAUGUCAGUCAACUACGCAGUUUCUUAGGUCUGGCCAAUUACUGUUCACGAUUUAUUAAGGACUUCUCCACUCUAACAGCCCCUCUACGUGAAUUAACAACCAAAUCGAGCAAAUGGUCUUGGUCAACUAUGCAUGAGAAAGCUUUCACCAAAGUUAAAAAUGCUAUUGCUUCGGACUGUACGAUGGCAUUCUAUGAUCCAAAUCGACCUACAAAAUUGACAGUGGAUGCAAGUCCUGUCGGACUUGGUGCAGUAUUAGCCCAAACACAAGAAAAUGGGCAAGAUCGCUGCAUAGCGUAUGCUAGUUGUUCCCUAAGGCAUGUGGAAGCUCGCUACUCGCAGACCGAAAAAGAAGCAUUGGCUGCAGUGUGGGGUUGUGAACGUUUUCAUCUUUACCUUGUUGGAACACAAUUUGACCUCAUCACUGACCACAAACCAUUGGAAGUCAUUUACAGCCCAAAGUCCAAACCGCCACUCAAGUUUAAUAUCAAGUAUCGACCAGGUAGCAGCAACCCAGCUGACGUGUUGUCUCGACAACCUUUAUUCACCAACUACAAGUCAAGUACCAUAGCAGAGAAAUAUGUCAAUUUCAUCCAAAGUCACUCGGUUCCUAAAUCUCUCACGCUCGAUGAGAUUCGUAUCGCAACGUUAAAUGAUCCUGAACUGCAGAGAGUAACUAGCGCAGUAAAGGAAGAUCGAUGGAACAAAACAGAUAGUUGUUUAAGCCCAUAUCGUAAUCAGCACGAGCAGUUGACAGUUUCGGAAUGUGGAGUUAUACUACGAAAUUCACAGAUCGUUAUCCCAAAGAGUUUCCGUAGUCGUGUCCUUUCUAUCGCUCAUGAAGGACAUCAAGGGAUAGUUAAAACUAAAAUGCUUGUACGCAGUAAAGUAUGGUGGCCUGGUAUUGACAAGCAAGUGCAGCAAAUGGUUAAAGAGUGUGUACCCUGCCAAGCAGCAGUACACCAGUCACCAAAAUGUAAACCACCCCUGAAUAUGACAAAGUUACCUCCACAUCCUUGGCACACACUUAAUGCAGAUUUCUGUGGUCCAUUCCCAAAUGGCGAGAAAUUGUUGGUCGUGAUUGACGCCUAUUCCAGAUAUCCAGAAGUUGAAGUGAUGCAAAGCACGACAACCACGGUUGUGAUUUCCAAACUCCAAAGAAUCUUUGCCGGACAUGGAUAUCCCGAAGAAGUGAUAACCGAUAACGGACCCCCGUUCAAUGCGGUUGAGUUCACCGAAUAUCUAGCUGCACAUGGAGUCCAUCACCGCCGAAUCACACCUUAUUGGCCUCAAGCCAACGGUGAGGCAGAGCGAUUCAUGAAAACAGUAACAAAAGCAAUCCGUACUGCUCAUUCGGAAGGAAAAAGAUGGCAAAGUGAAUUAGAUCUUUUUCUUCUCAACUACAGAUCCACACCUCAUUCUACGACACACAUUAGUCCAGCUGAACUUUUGUUCAAUCGCUCAAUUAGAAAUAAGCUUCCUAGUUUCUCAUCCCUACAACACAAUGAUGGCCCUAUGGAACACCACGUUGUUCGAGAUAAGGAGGAAAAGGAGAAAAUGAAAGUCCAUGCUGAUAGAAGAAACAACGCGAAAGAAAGUCAGUUGAAAGUUGGUGAUUACGUGCUAAUGCAAGUCCCGAAGGACAAUAAGUUAUCAAUGCCUUUCAAUCCAAAACCAUUUAAAGUGAUUGAAAUCAAAGGCAACAUGGUAACAGCUCGUAACACAGAGCCCACCGUAACCCGGAAUGUAUCGUGUUUCAAAUGUCUCACAAAUUACAAGAACGCAAGUGAGGAAGACCAGAAUGAUGAAGAAGACGAUUUUGACGACGACAUAGUAGAAAACCAGCAACCAACAAUAGUUGAAGAGCAACAACAAAAUCUACCAGAUCUACAACGAAGGUAUUGUCUUAGACAAAAUCGAAGACCACCUGACUUUUAUAGAAGUUAG